GAGCGCCUGCGCGGCGGGGUUCUCGGUCGCCAGCCAUUCCUGUGGAGGACUGCGGGUCGUUCGGACGUUUUGCCUGUCGCUGUAGGAGAGGUCCUGUCUCUCCGAGAAGGCGGUUGCGGCGGCAAAAUGAAGAUUUUUGUGGGCAAUGUCGAUGGGGCGGAUACGACACCGGAGGAGUUGGCAGCUCUCUUCGCGCCCUAUGGCACGGUCAUGAGCUGCGCCGUCAUGAAACAGUUUGCCUUCGUGCACAUGCGCGAGAACGCUGGCGCGGUGCGCGCCAUCGAGGCCCUGCAUGGCCACGAGCUGCGUCCAGGUCGCGCGCUCGUGGUGGAGAUGUCGCGCCCGAGGCCCCUGAACACUUGGAAGAUUUUCGUGGGCAAUGUAUCGGCUGCAUGUACAAGUCAGGAAUUGCGCAGCCUCUUCGAGCGCCGUGGACGCGUCAUCGAGUGUGACGUGGUAAAAGACUACGCGUUUGUUCACAUGGAGAAGGAAGCAGAUGCCAAAGCCGCCAUCGCGCAGCUCAACGGCAAAGAAGUGAAGGGCAAGCGCAUCAACGUGGAACUCUCAACCAAGGGGCAGAAGAAGGGGCCUGCCCUGGCUAUCCAGUCUGGGGACAAGACCAAGAAACCAGGGGCUGGGGACACAGCAUUCCCUGGAACUGGUGGCUUCUCUGCCACCUUCGACUACCAGCAGGCUUUUGGCAACAGCACUGGUGGCUUUGAUGGGCAAGCCCGUCAGCCCACACCACCAUUCUUUGGUCGCGACCGCAGCCCCCUGCGCCGUUCACCUCCUCGAGCCUCUUAUGUGGCGCCUCUGACGGCCCAGCCAGCCACCUACCGGGCCCAACCCUCAGUGUCUCUGGGAGCUGCAUAUAGGGCCCAGCCUUCCGCCUCUUUGGGUGUUGGCUAUCGGACUCAGCCCAUGGCAGCUCAGGCAGCUUCUUACCGUGCUCAGCCCUCUGUCUCCCUUGGGGCCCCAUACAGGGGUCAGCUGGCUAGCCCUAGUUCCCAGUCUGCUGCAGCUUCCUCGCUUGGCCCAUAUGGUGGAGUCCAGCCCUCAGCCUCAGCCCUUUCCACUUAUGGGGGUCAGGCAGCUGCAGCUUCUUCGCUUAAUUCCUAUGGGGCUCAGGGCUCCUCCCUUGCUUCCUAUGGUAACCAGCCAUCCUCUUAUGGCGCCCAGGCUGCCUCUUCGUAUGGGGUUCGUGCGGCUGCUUCUUCCUAUAACACACAAGGAGCAGCUUCUUCCCUAGGUUCCUAUGGGGCUCAAGCAGCCUCCUAUGGUGCCCAGUCUGCAGCCUCCUCACUAGCUUAUGGAGCCCAGGCAGCGUCUUACAGUGCCCAGCCCUCAGCCUCUUACAGUGCCCAGUCUGCCCCAUAUGCUGCACAACAGGCUGCUUCUUAUUCUUCCCAGCCUGCUGCUUAUGUGGCACAACCAGCCACAGCUGCUGCCUAUGCUAGCCAGCCAGCUGCCUAUGCUGCACAAGCCACUACCCCAAUGGCUGGUUCCUAUGGGGCUCAACCAGUUGUUCAGACCCAGCUGAAUAGCUAUGGGGCUCAAGCAUCUAUUGGCCUGUCAGGCUCAUAUGGAGCUCAGUCUGCUGCUGCGGCCACUGGCUCCUAUGGGGCGGCAGCUGCUUACGGGGCUCAGCCUUCUGCCACCCUGGCAGCUCCUUACCGCACUCAGUCAUCAGCCUCAUUGGCUGCUUCCUAUGCUGCCCAGCAGCAUCCCCAGGCUGCUGCCUCCUACCGUGGCCAGCCGGGCAGUGCCUACGAUGGGACAGGCCAGCCAUCAGCAGCCUACCUGUCUAUGUCCCAGGGGGCCGUUGCCAACGCCAACAGCACCCCGCCGCCCUAUGAGCGUACCCGCCUCUCCCCACCCCGGGCCAGCUACGACGAUCCCUACAAAAAGGCUGUCGCCAUGUCAAAAAGGUAUGGUUCCGACCGGCGUUUAGCCGAGCUCUCUGAUUACCGCCGUUUAUCAGAGUCGCAGCUUUCGUUCCGCCGCUCGCCGACAAAGUCCUCGCUGGAUUACCGUCGCCUGCCCGAUGCCCAUUCCGAUUACGCACGCUAUUCGGGCUCCUAUAAUGAUUACCUGCGGGCAGCUCAGAUGCACUCUGGCUACCAGCGCCGCAUGUAGGGCCAUCCUGGGGAUGGGGCACCACAGGAAGGGAGAGAGAGGAAGAGGUAGGGUAGGGUGCAGACCCAGGUUAUCACCACCCUCUCUCAUACCUCUCCCAAUGGUGGCUUUUCAUUCCCUCCCUCUAUCAUGUGGGCCUUCCCCAGGAGAGGACCCUUUUGUGUUUGGCAGUAACCUGCUUUGUUUCUUUGCCUCAGCAGCACAUCUUGCUACUGGCUUUAGAUCUGUGGUUUUCCCUCUACCCAGCCAUCUCCCCAGAAUGGGAAUUUCUUUUAUAUUUUAAUUUUUUUCCUGGCUCCCUUUUAUUUUUGUGCGCGAUACUUAAGGUUGUUUGGAGGUGAUACAACCGACAGCUGAUGUCAGGCGGCGCGUUUUUCUUUUUAGAUGCGAGGGAGGCCAGGAAAGGGUUACUUUAGCUAUUUCCUCUGUGCCCAGCUAUGCCAGCAGUCCAGGGGCCCUGCCUGUCCUUCUGUAGAGGCUGUUGAGACUGAGAUCCUGUGGGACAGUCAGUUGGUCCGUGUCCAAAUCCCCGCUUACCACUGAUGUUUUAGCUGAUGGUGACUGGCAUAGUCCCAAUUCCCUAUCUCUCCAAGUAGGUGGUGUUAGAAAUCUUAAUUCUUUUCCCUUCUUUUGUAUGGACUACAAAUAAAACUUGGGGCGAUUCGUGGUUUGGAAACCUGGUUGUCAUUGUCUUGAUUGCACUGUCAGGUGAGCCAGUUUGACAUCCAGGAAGACGUGACAGCUAGAAGAAAGGCAGCCUGAAGACCCAGAGUGGGUGUGGAAGGGUGCUUGAGUGUGGGGAUUGGAAUGGUUUCCUGGCGACCAAUGGAAUUAAGCUCAUCUUAAAUAGCAUGCCAUCUUUGGGACUAGAGAGUUCAGAUCAAGUGGUUGGACUUUCUCAGCAAUCAAUUUUAGUUGAUCACGUCAAAUUUCAGUAAACAUGCCCAUUACCUCUACUUAUGUUUGACCAAUGUCCCUGAUUUUUUUCCCAGUUCAGGAAAAACAAAAAUAAACCAAAAGCUACACAGUACA